UGUUUGUAUGCGUGCUCAGUGAAAACAACAGCAAUAAUUAUUAUUUUUAUACACUGGUUAUUAUGGCAAUAGCGAUAUGCUAUAUAUUAGCGUAAUAACAGCGUAAUGCAAUAUUGAUUUAGGUCAUUUGAAGCCGCCCUGAUUUGAAGAAGGGACACAGCAAAAAUGGCCAUGUGCAUGAGUAUUCAAGAAGUUCACGAUCUUUUGGAUAAUAUUUCAACACUUAUUGGAGGAUUUUUAUAUGAUAAAGCAAAGGAAUCACUUGUCAGCCUCAAAUUUGACCCUUGGUCAUAAGUCAUAUGGUCAUUUGGCCAAAUCAUAUGAUCAUAUAAUUGGAUAAUGGGAACCCAACCAGGAACGGGAAAGGGAGGCUACAAAGCUGAGUCCUGUGACAUCUUGGAAUGUGCUGGUCAACGGUCUAAUACAGUUGUCUCUUGCUGAAAAAUCGUAUAUGAGCUUGAUGUUCCUGGCACACAAGAGUUUUCUUCGAAAAGAUAGCUCUGCGCGUGUGUGUUACGAGGCGCUCUCGCUCGAGUACCAGCGGGUGGCGGACGGCCUGACUGACAGCACACUGGACCUCUGCCUGCUGCGCGCCUACCGGCAGCUGCUGCACUUCGUGCGCGGCCGACUCACGCUGCUCGAGUUCUAUGAGAAGCUGUGGCUGGUCGGUUCGGGCAAGAUACGUGGUGUUUCGGAGCUUACUGAACAGCUGGAGAACUUCGCCAGCGACCAGGAGGCCAACUUUGACCACCCGCACCUGGCGGCCCUCAAGGCUGUGGUCCGGUACGAGGUGCGAACGCUGCUAUCGAUGCUGCGGACCCAGGAGCAGCUGGAGACGUGGCAAUUUCUGCCGGCGCUAAUGAGUCUGAACGAGGCGCACACCCACCUGAACAAGUUCUCUGCGUGCGUCCAGUCGCGUGAGACGCGGCGCCUGCUGUUCCGGCGCGCCAGCCAGGAGCCGGAGCUGAUCCAGUGGCUGCAGCGACUGCGCGCCGCACUCGUCGCCACCUUCUCACUCUAUUUCCGCGAGGUGCUCAGCGCCCAGAGCUCGGGCUCAGAGUUCAAGGCUCUGUGCGCCAAGACGGCCGCCGACCACUUUGCCAGGCUGCAGAGCUUCCAGCGCAAGAUGGACGCCGCGCUGGUGGCGCUGGCGUUUGACGGCACUGAGGAGGCGGUACGGGGCGGGCUCGGCUACAGACACCCGGAGCAGCGCGUGCCGCCGGCAGGACAGCACCCCAAACCGUACCCGGCCGUGCUCUGCUGCUCGAAGAGUGACGUGCAGGCGGCGCUCUGGCCCGAGGUGGUGGCCGCCCUCGCCGAGCCGAAGCUCGAGCUGUCCUCCAGCCGCGUCAGCCACGCGUGGCUGGGCCCGAGCGCCGCGCAGUCGGCCUUCUUCCUGGCCAUCAGCGACUGCCUCACCCUGGUCGUGGUGUUCGACGGCCGCCGGUCGGAGAAGGACAGCUACGUCACAUCCUUCAUGCUGGAGACCGCGGCAGCGCUCCGCUGCAGCAAGAUCUACCACAGCCUCAGACCCGGCGCCAAGUGAGCCGCGCGGCCCAGUGAGGGCGCUGUAUGAGUGAUAUGUGGGUCCCGUGACCAGUAAUGGCGGUCCGUGAGCCGCGUCGCUGACUGACGGUGGUCAGCGAGUCUAUUGGGCGAACCGUGUCUUUGGUAGGGUCGCCCACCAGGCUGUGAUAUUCCUCGGCAAUGGGAGUGAAGCACGCAUUUGCGUUUGACCUGGUUGAAUCGUCGCGAUUGGCCGUAGCGUUAACGGGAAAGUGUACUCGUCGUAAGGAUGGUCUAGCCGCACGUGUUUUAAGAUAGUGCGCGGUUCGAUGCGAUAUCAUACCGUCAGUCGAGCAUGUUUCAGCUCAGGAGACCCGGCGCUGAUAUGGAUCUCGCAGUGACGCCAUAGUUUUACUAUUACGUUUAGCGGUAUUUAUCGGGAAAAUACUUGUACGCUGAUUAUAUUUGGUUUCGACUUUCGAGGGUACAUCGCGAUGCGUCCACGCAUGAUAUCAAUCGCAGUCAAAUAAAUAUGCAAAGAGCUA